UAAGAAAAUGCGACUUGUAUUUUCUCUUUGUCUAUAUAUACUCUUCCCUGUCAGCAACAUCUGGGUGCAAAUAGGAUUCUAAACACUUGUUCUCUGUUCUUGUUUUCUUAAUUGAAAAAAUUUCUUAGAUUUGUUCUGAUCAGGUGUUUUGACAAAAUGUUUAUUGAAAAUUUUAAGGUUGAGAGCCCAAAUGUGAAAUACACAGAAAAUGAGAUUCACUCUGUGUAUGAUUAUCAAACCACAGAGCUUGUUCAUGAAGAGAAAAAUGGCUCUUAUCAAUGGACUGUCAAGCCAAAAUCUGUCAAAUAUGAGUUCAAAACUGAUACCAAUGUUCCCAAAUUAGGGGUUAUGCUUGUUGGAUGGGGAGGAAACAAUGGUUCAACUUUGACCGGAGGUGUUAUUGCUAAUAAAGAAGGAAUUUCAUGGGCAACAAAAGAAAAGGUGCAACUAGCCAAUUACUUUGGGUCUCUUACUCAGGCAUCAACAAUUAGAGUUGGAUCUUUCAAUGGAGAAGAGAUCUAUGCCCCUUUCAAAAGCCUCCUUCCCAUGGUUAAUCCAGAUGAUGUAGUAUUUGGAGGAUGGGACAUUAGCAACAUGAAUUUGGCAGAUGCUAUGGUCAGGGCUAAGGUUUUCGACAUUGAUCUGCAAAACCAGCUGAGGCCAUACAUGGAAUCCAUGGUCCCCCUUCCCGGUAUCUAUGACCCUGACUUCAUUGCUGCUAACCAAGAAUCACGCGCCAACAACGUGAUCAAAGGAACCAAGAAAGAACAAGUUGAUCAGAUUGUUAAAGAUAUUAGGGAGUUCAAGGAGAAGAAUAAGGUAGACAAGAUUGUGGUGCUGUGGACUGCCAACACUGAAAGAUACAGCAAUGUAAUUGUUGGACUAAAUGACACAAUGGAAAAUCUUUUGGCUGCUGUGGAUAGAAAUGAGGCUGAAAUAUCUCCUUCUACUUUGUAUGCUAUUGCUUGUGUUCUUGAAAAUGUGCCUUUCAUCAAUGGAAGCCCACAAAACACUUUCGUCCCAGGUCUAAUUGAUUUGGCCAUAAAGAGGAACACUUUAAUUGGUGGUGAUGACUUUAAGAGUGGUCAAACCAAGAUGAAGUCCGUGCUGGUCGAUUUUCUUGUUGGAGCUGGUAUUAAGCCAACGUCAAUAGUGAGCUAUAAUCACUUGGGUAACAAUGAUGGAAUGAAUCUUUCUGCCCCUCAAACUUUCCGGUCUAAGGAGAUCUCGAAGAGCAAUGUUGUCGAUGACAUGGUUUCCAGCAACGCCAUUCUCUAUGAAGCUGGCGAGCAUCCUGACCAUGUUGUUGUGAUCAAGUAUGUCCCCUAUGUUGGAGAUAGUAAGAGAGCAAUGGAUGAGUACACAUCAGAGAUUUUCAUGGGUGGAAAGAACACCAUAGUUUUGCACAAUACUUGUGAGGACUCUCUUUUGGCAGCUCCAAUUAUAUUAGACUUGGUCCUUCUCGCCGAACUCAGCACUCGCAUUCAACUCAAAGCUGAAGGAGAGGGGAAGUUCCACUCUUUCCAUCCUGUGGCUACUAUACUCAGCUACCUCACUAAGGCUCCUCUGGUACCACCAGGUACACCAGUGGUGAAUGCCCUGUCAAAGCAGAGGGCAAUGCUUGAGAACAUAUUGAGAGCUUGUGUUGGUUUGGCACCAGAGAACAACAUGAUUUUGGAAUACAAAUGAAAAUGCAGAUAAAGGAAAUUGAUAGAAGAGAAUGGACUCAAGAGUAGUUGCAUGUGCUGAAGAUCAUUCUCUCUUCUUUUCCUUUUCUAUUUUCUCAUCAUUAAUAUAAUUAAGCAAAGUGUGGCAUAACUUUGACAUACAGAUGAUUGAAGGGCCAAAUCUCUAUGUUACCAUAUCUGGAAAUACAAUCUAUUGGAAAUACAAUGUGGUGGUUUAGAUUUCGUUUUAGUAAAUCUACUUUGCCUUUGUUUUGUAUGAGUUAGAUUUUAGUAAAUCUACUUUGCCUU